AUGGAGCUGAAAAACAUGAAGUACUUAAUUAUUUUUCUAUCAUUUGUGUCUAAAUUCAACGCAGACGCAAAACCAACUAAGACUACACGAGAUUUGGUAGAUCUUCAAACAGCUGGCAGUUCAUACUCCCAUCAAUACUACGAUUGGGGUGGAAGUAACCCAGGUGGAUAUAACUUCGGCGUCACUGGAAAUGGUAUAUUGGAAGACCCAAGAAGAUAUCCACAAAACGGUUACUACCCUGGUCAAGAUGAAAAAUUAGUUGAGGGAGGUUACCGUAGCCUUGGUGGGUAUGGAGGCUAUGGUGGUUAUGGCGGUAAUGGUGGGCUGGAGUCAUAUUACGGUUACAAUAAUCCGUAUUAUCAAGAUUCGAAUCACCUUGGUUUUGGUUACUAUAAACGCUUCGGUAUUGGCAACAUAUAUGGAAGCGGGGUGACACCCAACUUAGUUACUGGGUAUCGAGGUUAUUCGAGACGAUAG